GGAUGCAUCAAACCAUCACGUCUUGGUAUGGAAAAUCGUCAGGUCUUGGAUUCACAGAUCUCAGCCUCGUCUGAACACGGCGACAAACACCGGGCAGCUAAUGCAAGAUUGAACUUCCAAAGGCCAGAUGGAGGCUGGGAAACUGACGGAUGGAGAUCUUUAGGCUGGGUUCCCAAAACUCGAAAUGGAUCUUGGCUGCAAAUAGACUUUCGUGUUGAAGCUGUCAUUAUAGGAGUUUUAACACAAGCGAGAGGCGAUGUGCCCCAAUGGAUCACCAGUUACACUCUAUCUUAUGGCAACGAUGCCCACGAUUUCUAUCCAUAUUUUGAAAACGGAACGGAAAAGGUAAUUAACUUAAGUAUUGCGGACGUGUCACAAAUCUUCAAAAUCUCUUCUUUAGUGAAUUUAUGUCUAUUGCACCAAAACAUUUCAUCAUCUUUUAUAUAAAAUUACCAAAAUGAUGACAGAUUGCAAUUGGUAAACCUACGUAACUACAUAAGCUAGCAUCAAGAAAUGUUACUAUUGGAUUCGUUCAUGGUAUAUCGCCUUGGUUAGCAGCAAUUUUAUACUCAAAGACGCAAAUUUACAAAGCAUAUGAAAAUGAAAAGAUCAAAUCACUACACAGUUGAACAUAUACAAGCAGAAUAACGCGGAAUUACAUGCACUGAAUAUCAAAUUUGUAUUGAAAACAUUGGAAUUAUUUUUCUUAGACACGCUUUCCGCGUUAGAAAACGCACCGACUUCAAUGGUUUUAAAUCUAUUUUUGGCAAGUACUAACCUCUAGGAAUAAAGAAUAGACAGGGCGUAGCUAGCACGUACUGCAAAAAUUUCCGAAUGACGAAAAUAAUUUCCGAAUCGUUCAUGAAAUACGAAGCCACGAAGGUGUUUGCUAUUCGGAAAAUGAAUACGCACUAAAUUAGUAUAGGGAAGAAACAAAAAUAAAAUCACACGGGAAGGAGUGCAAUUAAUGAUUAACACUACUAGUGAUUUUUGAAAAAUGGGCCAUUACAGAAGUAAUAAACCGAAAACCAUUUGCCGAUUUUUUGAUUUGUAACUUGUUAUCCAUGUAAAUGCCAUGAUUUCAUAAAUCAGUUUAUACUGACGAAUACAAUUCUAUAAUAUUUUCUCUGUAACAACUUAAAUUUCGUUAUACUAUUAUUGCCGUAAUUUGCCGAAUGGCCAACCCGAUUCCCCCCCCCCGCCCAAAUACUCCCCUCAUUACGACCCUGAGCAUAGGUUACAUGUGUGAUUUUUUCUCGCGCCGACAACGUACUGGAUCAAAUUAAUUUCAAUCUAUUACACAUGCAGGGGCGGGGAAUCCUCAACAGCGGAAUUGCCAAUUAUUUCGGGUCCGAAUAAAUGAAUGAUAAGACUGCACAUAUUAAACAACAAAGAAAAGUACUAACAGUUCAUAAAUACACAGCACAUUAAUGAUUUUGUGGGCCUACGGGCAGAAUUGCACUUAGGACAUACAGUUUUGUAACUACGAGGAUCCUCAACAUCGCAACAAGAGUACAUAAUAGGAAACAAUUAUAAUACUUAAACCACGGGCUUUAGGACCAAUUUAAUUUGACAACAAUAGUAUUCUAUCUAAAUAGCAGUAAAUCAAUAUCUUGCUUGACACUGCUUCUAAAUCCAUAAAUACAUUUACAUGUUAUGCAAAUACUGUAUGAUUUCAAAAUGCGCCAUAUUUAUUUACACACGAAAUAUUACGUCGAUGAUUUUGACUAAUAAUAAUAGGGUAGGAUCAAAGUGGGUGUUGUCACUCGCUAACCCAAUCUGCUCAAAUAGUUCCGAACGUAAUAAAUCGUAUAACAUCAUAGCAGCCUCGAUAAAAUACUUUGGGGCUCACUCUUGCAAUUGUCCAAUAUAAUGGUUUCCUCUCGCUUCGAACAAUGAAAUUAUUGGAUGAUCUUACCUCUCCUGUUAUUAUAGUGAAGGAAGUGAAGCAACAUGGCCGGUCAUGCAUCAGGUCGGCUCUUAAUUAUUUGUGCUGUUUUGGCUUUCUUGUUCUGCUGCUGGAACUAUAAUAUUUCAGAUGCUCCUCCUGUUCCGUUUUGGAGGUCUUGUAACUUUAUCGCACGAACUUUGCCUCGCUGUAACCGAAUAAAGUUUCCAGUUGGCGAGUGGUCAAAGCAUGGACGAACAGCUAUUAUUCUACCUGAAAGUCAAUACGAUUUUAGGGUUGUAGAAAUCCUGCUAGGCGGUGAUAUUCAACCUCACCCUGGUCCUUUAAACCAGAGAGGUACUUUAACAGCUAAACAAACGCCAAAAAGCUCUACAAGGAACCAAAUAGCCAUAGGACAUUUGAAUGUUCGCUCAAUGGUAUCUCGAGAGAAAUUCAUUCUCGUAAGUCAUAAAAUUACCUUCAAUGACUACGAUAUAUUCGCGAUUUCAGAGACAUGGCUUGAUUAAUCUAUUACUGACAUGGAUAUAUAUAUCCCGGGAUAUGUUAUGUUCAGACAAGAUCGAGAAAAGAAAGGCGGGGGUUUGGCUGUUUACGUUAAGGAUAUUUAUAAAGCAUCUGUCAUUAAAAAAUCAUCGCUCGUGACUGAAAAUCGUUUUCAACAAUUAUGGAUUAAGGUACAGUGUAAAAAACUAAAGUCAUUCUUAUUGUGUGCAGCAUAUAGACCCCCUGACACACCAAUGGGUUUCUUGGAAGACCUGGGCAAUGCAUUGAUAGAUUGUUUAUUACCUGGUCUUGAAGUAAUUUUGGUAGGUGACUUAAAUUGCAAUCUAAUGGACAGCUGCGUAAGUGGCCGUGCUUUAUCAGAUUUCUGUGUUGAAUUUAAUCUGAAACAAUUAGUCAAAGAACCAACAAGAGUGACCGAUACUUCUCAGACCCUCAUCGAUGUAGCCUUAACUACAAAUACCAAUAUUAUAGAUACAUGCGAUGUAAAACCGGCGGCAUUAAGUGAUCAUAGUUUGGUUUGUUUGAUACUAAAGUCUCCUCGACCCCGUUGUACGUUUAUCACUACCAGAAGCUAUAAAAAUUAUAACCGGGAAAAGUUUGUGGAUGAUUUGGCAAAUGUACCCUUUCAUAUGGUUAGUUGUUUUGACGACUUAGAUGAUCAAGUUGAGGCUUUUAAUUGUUUAUUCUUGGAUGUUCUGGAUAAACACGCUCCAAUAAAACGAAUUAAAAUUAAGUCGAGACCAAAUCCCUUUAUUAGCCCUGAGAUCAGGCAACUUAUGAAAACACGCGAUAAGUGGCACAAAAGUGCAAUUAAAACAAAUGAUAAAAUGCAUUGGAAUGCAUAUCGUUCUUUUCGGCAAGAGGUGAAGCGCGAAAUUCGAUUUGCAGAAAAGGAAAAUGUAUGUAAUGAAAUAAAUAAUAGUAAUGGUAAUACAAAUUCUAUUUGGAAAGUUAUAAACCGUUGCCUCCCGAGACGACAACCACAAUUUGUCUCAACAGAAGACCCAAAAACACAAGCAUUCAGAUUUAAUGAGUACUAUGCGUCGGUGGGGAUAAACGCUUCUGCUAUGGCUGAUGAAAUUGCUGAAAAAUUGGGUUUUACAACAAGUGUCAGUGAUUAUCAAGAUACAAAUAGCAAUAUGAGUGAUGUAAAUUGCGCUCCUUUCACCUUUCAUUCUGUGACCCAAGAUGAUGUAAAUAGGAUUAUAAAAAGUUUACCAUCGAAUAAAGCUCCUGGAUAUGAUAGAGUAACAGCUAGAAUUUUAAAGGAUAGUUUACCCGUGACGAUUCCUACAAUUACAAACUUAAUAAAUUACUCCUUUUCAUCAUGUGAGUUUGCUCAAGUUUGGAAACGAGCGGAGGUUACACCGUGCAUAAAAUCGGGAGAUCCUGAUGAGCCGACUAAUACACGUCCAAUUUCGCUUCUGCCUAUCAUAUCUAAAGUUGUUGAGAGAUCAGCACAUGUGCAAUUCACUGAAUAUUUAGAUUCAAACGGAAAAAUUGCCCAAUUUCAGUCAGGAAAUCGGAAAAUCCACUCCACGGAAACAGGACUUCUCUAUUUUACUGACGAAAUUCUAAAGAAUAUGGACAUGAAACAAGUAUCAGUUGUUGUGCUAUUAGACAUGUCUAAAGCGUUCGAUAGCAUUCGCCAUGAUUUGAUGUUGUCCAAGUUACGCAAAGUAGGUGCAGGUGACUCGGCAAUAACCUGGUUUGAAAGCUAUUUGUCCCGACGUACACAGACCGUGAAAAUACAAGAUACCCUUUCCACGUCUUUGCCUCUGUCUGUGGGUGUACCACAAGAUUCCAUUUUGGGACCACUUUUAUUUACAGUAUACGUAAACGAGAUUCUGUCAGUUCCUAGAAGAUGCAAAUCUAUGGGUUAUGUUGAUGAUACAAAAACUUUCAUCGCCUUUCCACCACGUGAUCUUAGCAGCGCUAUAUCUGCUUUGAAUGAAGAUCUAAAUGAGAUAUCGAGAUGGUGUUGUGCAAACUCGCUUCUAAUAAAUUCGGAAAAAACAAAGGUUCAAGUAAUCGGGGUCUCGCAAUUGAUCCGUAACCUACCACCGAUACCACCGAUCAAGAUAUUAGGAAAGGUGAUCAAUCCUGUUCCCGUAGUCAAAGACUUAGGCGUUAGUAUUGACUGUUAUCUUAGCUAUAAUGAAAAUACUAAGGAAUUAGUUUCAAAUUGCAUGUUUAAACUGUCAAGAAUUAAUCGGAUCAAACAUUUGCUUGCAUAGGCGUACCGGGGGGCGGUAGCCCCCCAGUUUUUUGGGCAGUCGGGCAAUAUUCGAUUAACAGUCGGGCAAUUUUGGGUUGUUUAAAAAAAAAUCGGACCAAUUCUGUCAAUUUUUUCGAAAAUUUAGUCAAUUUUGUGGCAAAUGUAGUGUUUUUUGGAAAAUUUAUGUUAUGCUCCGAAAAAUUUUGUUAUGUCCGGAAAAUUUUUUUGACCCCUUAAAUGGUACACUGACCGAAAUUUUUUUGGCGACGGGGGGGGGGGAGGUCGCCAAAAUAAAUUUUCCGGAAAAAUUUUUUUUGUACUAGUCGGGCCCAAUAACGAAAAGUCGGGCAAUUUUACGAAAAGUCGUGCAAUUUUCUUUCCGCCCCCCUAAUUUUUUCCUUCCGGUACGCCCAUGUUUGCUUGAUAGAAAAACCAUUCUCCUCCUGAUGGAAGUAUUUGUUUUCAGUAAGUUAUUUUAUUGCUCAACUAUAUGGAGCAAUACAUCUAAACAAAAUGUAAAGAGGCUGCAACUAGUGCAGAAUUUUGCUGCAAGAAUUGUUCUGGGACUCAGGAAAUAUGACCAUAUUUCUGAAGGCAUACAAUCUUUGAAAUGGCUCAAUGUAAAGGACACACUAUUCCUAAAUGAUGCCGUUAUGGUCCAUAAAUGCCUUCAUGGCAGAGUACCAGCAUAUUUAUCCGAUAAGUUUAUGCCUCGUUCUGCCAUACAUAGCAGAUCGACUAGACAUUGUAAUGAUUUAAAUUUGCCCAAAUGUAGGCUUGCAACUGGGCAAAGAAUGUUUUCCUAUCGGGGGGCAAAACUGUAUAAUGAACUGCCUCUUGAUAUGAAGGAAAUUGAGAACACUAGAUUUUUUAAGAAAAGACUUCGAAAUGAACUCAGAAAGAACUUAUUGAGUUAAUUUGUUCUUAAUUAGAUAUUAUUUAUAUAUUGUAUUUAUCAACUGUAGCGGAAGAGCCCUUUUUAGGGAGCUAUAAUAAAGUAUCUAUGUCUAUGUCUAUCUAUGUCUAUCUAUAGUGCAAAUCACGGGCGUGAGCUACGAAAUGUUGCUGAGCUUGGUACCUAAUGUAAAUAAAUAUGGCGAAUUUUGAAAACACACAGUAUUUGCAUAACAUCUAUAAAAGUAGGGUACGAGCAUUGUCAGGCAAGAUAUUGAACAGUUCAGGUGGCGUACACUUCAUUUUAACUGCUAUUUAGAUAGAAUACUGUUGUUGUCAAAUUGAACUGGUUCUCAAGCGUGUGCUUAAAUAUUUACAAUUUUAAAUGAUAAAAGAUUAUAUCUGUAUUCAAAUUGAAUUAAUCAACGACAUGGCUGCAUAUUCGGGUUGCAUGAAUCAUUGACAAUAUUUGGUAUGUUAUUGUUUUGCAUUUUGCAAUUGGCAAAUUGGCACGACGAACUUUAGACUGUUAUUGGCGCGGAGAAUCUAGCGGAUCUGGAAAUGCGGAUAGUUGAAUGUAAUGCUGCUUCGUUGAUUAUUCGGUUAUGUGUUAUUUUAUAAAUUAGCACAUUGUCCAGUUAUUCACACCAACAGCGAAUAAGUUUGAGUGCUACUGCUUAAAGUCUGGUGGUAUAUCAGUAGGAUAGGAGAAUGGAAAACUGUGGAUGCAAUUGGAUCCUCUUCUCCGAGUCCGUUCAAGGAAGCGUAAAGUUCGAUUAAUUGUGUGGUUCACACAUUUGGGUAGCAUACUUCCGGUUGUGGCCGAACUAGUACAAGACAUAAUCUGCGUCUCGACUUCCUGGUUGUGUGUUCCUAUAGUUGUCCAUUUUCAGGGCCGCAGGUUGAAUUCCUACCAGGAACCAAGUAGCAUUUUUCGCUUCUGUUCCUGGUUAGGUCUAAUAAAUGUAUAUAAAUUUCCUCUUGAAAUUUCCAACUACCAUACCCAUCAAAUAUCUGGGAUAUUGCGCAUUUUCGACUGAUGUUUCAUUGAUGAGCAAAAUCGUUUUGGAUUCCCUUGGAAGUUGUUGCCCAAAGACACAUAAAAUUAUUCUCAUCUUACGCCUACCAUACGUAUUAAUUUAAAUGUAUUGCCGGGGCGAGAGAGUAAUCAAACGUGUAGGUGCGUCGCAACGCAAAUUUAGGAACUUCAUACAUUGGCAAUCAUUACGGAAAGUAAAAAUGAUUUAAUUUAACUUACGGUAACGAUUAACGAAUUACAUCAAACUACAACUGUAGUGAUUAUAUUCAGACAGCCAAUGAAUAUCGCUUUACUUGACAAAUCUUGAACGAUCUAAAGGUGGUGUCACUAUGAAGAAAGAUACGCGGACUGACAAGGAUACGACAACGUAAAAAUACAACCAACGACUUGUAUCUGGGACUGGCUGGAUUUCACUGGCCGUUUAAAAUAUUUUUUUCACAAGUGCUAUGGACUACCGAAAUAUAUACUGUAUAUCUUCAAGUUUAGACAUAACUGUCAAUACAUGUUGAAACCAGUUAAUUGUUAAAACUUUACAAAUUCAUAGACAUUAAUAUAAAUAAACGAGCGGCCGACAAUCAGAAAGGUAUGUUUUGAUUGCGUUUCUGGUUAAAAUCUGCCACCUGGCAUUCAGUGUAGCGCCAUAUACGGCAUACUGAUAUUGCUUAACAUCAGUAAUUAUUUAACAAUUAUUCGUGAAGUGAUUACCGGUGAAUAUUCACCGAGACGAAGUCGAGGAGAAUAUUCAUCGUAAUCACUAAGCCUGAGGGGAAUAAUUGUUUUAGUAGAAAUUUUUAAUGAAUAAAACAAAAUAUCCAAAUAUCAGUUCAAUUAAAAUACAGAAAUAAACUGAUUUCGGCCUGUUCACAGUUACUGUCCCUAACAGUGUUGCAGUGUUUCUUGUACGCAUACGCUUUCAAAAUGGCUUCUUGUGUCCCUUUAUUGCUUUAUUACAAAGUUGUUUUGAUCGAUUUCUGCUUAGAAUAUAAACACAAUAACGGAAUGACUUUUUUACCAUUAAAAAUAGUUUCUGUUUAGCAAUAAUAUUUUCAGAAAAUGGCUGAGAAAUUUGGUAAAAUGAAAUGUAAAACUAUAUCGUUCGAAAUAAAGUUGUAAUAACACUUUUCAGUUUGCAAUUACAAGUUUCGAAAACACAAUACAGCUGUCAGAACGCCAUAUAGAACAACGAAAACGUGACAUAUCAAAAUAAAUAGUAUCAUUGAAAUUGAGCAGCGAUUUAUUUUCUUAUCUUUCGAUCCCUAAUACAGUAGAGAUCAUAAUACACAGCUCAGAAGAAAGUUUCUCGAACCACAGCAAGGUAAAAUCGAAGCAGUUUUUUAGUCCUUCUACGAAUCAGAGCUCGUACAGCAAGACCUCGUAAGUGCCCAUGCAAUACGCAAUUCAAUUAUUCGCAUAGCUACAGUGUAGUUGUCUUUCUCGUUAGUAUGGCAAGCUAGCAACGUACUGUGGUCUCACAGACCUGUGACUCUAGCUAGCAACGUACUGUGGUCUCACACAAAACAAGAAACAAGCUAUCAACGUACUGUGGUCUCACACAAAACAAGAAACAAUAACAUCCUUUGAAGCAUUGCGUCAACAUUUACAAUGUACAUUAUCGUUAGAUCCAAACUUCGCCCAAUUUUUUAUCGACGGGUUAACUUGUCUAAGAAAAAAAGCAACCCGACUGAAUAUUGUAUUGGAUCAAGUAACCAAUUACUGCCUUGUAAUUUCCCGGAAUACUUUGAGCACUUUUUGUUAUUAGCAAUUCGGGCUCACUUUUGGUUUCAGUCCACAGGUGACCAUUUCUUAGACUUUAAUAACAUUCAUUUAGAAACUGACGUGCGUGCGGAAGAGCUUCACCAAAGACUUGUUAGCUUCGUUGAUGACAAUUUUCUCGAAGCUAAUGGUGGAAUUCGACACUAUAUUUAAAACUCCGCAAUAUUUUCUUGUUGUUUUUUUUAUACCAAUAACAGACAUUUUUCAGCAAAUUUAUAUAUAACAAUAUAUAAAUUCAAGUUAAUGAGACAACACGUUUGUCACCUUCAAACCUAGUUAUAAUCUCAUAGUAACAGGAUAAGCUUGUCAACAGCCACAAAAAGGCGAUAUCCAAUAGUCCAAAGUUCAAAUGUUUCUCUGGGCAUGUGUAAAACCGAAUGAAAGAUCAACUGACCAAUCAUAUGUCAACAACGAACACUCAGAACAAAUGUCAAUGUGAUAAGGGAGUUCACUUUGACAAAUAUCCCAACAAAGAGCAAUGUCUUGUUACCGAGAAAGAAAAUUUGAAAAUUUGACUUGGUGCGGAGCUGUAAAGAAUUACGGACAUCGAAUGAACUGAGACAAUGUGACAGAAAAGAGUUUAUGAACGCUGGAAUUGACAUAUCAUGGUUAUAUUAAAGAAAAUUUGGUCAGUAACUCAGUAUGAUAAUUCAGUGAGACGCAGUUUAUUCAAAUAGAACUCUACCGGACAAGCGCUUUUACUCUUCUGGUGGACAAAGGAAUACGUUGGCCCAAGUCCCGACGAAGUUAUUACCAUUAAAUGAAACCGCCGCUGGGGGAAUAACUACAAGAUCGAUAGGCUAAAGCCGCUAAACACAAAAUCAACAAGCGUUCAAUUGAUAUCCAUUCCAUGUCUCAAGGCACAUGCUUCCUAAAGUGAAGCGGUAUUCGGCGCGUAAGUAUGCGGUGCAUUGACACGUUUGUUUCGUAUUCCGCAUCUCAAACCAACCAAAAUGUAUUAAAAUUCGUCUAUUUUAUAACAACAUUCUGGUGUAUUUAUAUUUGUCGAUCAAAAAUUCCAAUGACAAUUUUAUUACUACCUUGAGGUUAGCCGCAGUUUAAGGCUUCAGAUUACGCCUCAGAUUUGGAGUUGGAUUGGGUUUCAAUCAGGCCUUACAUUAAACUGUAUUCAAUCGCUCAAAAGUAGAAUUAUAAAACUUCUUUUUCAGCUAUUUCACAAAAUUAAUUUGACCUGCAUACAUUUUCAAUACUUUACUGUUCAAAACUUAAGAAAGCAAGCUCAUUUGUGAACGAAAUUUGAGACUUAAAACUUUGCACAUGACACAUGUUUAUGCACAUUUGCGAUAAAUCGGCAAGAUGGAUAUCAGGAAAGAUUGGUACGAUACCAUGUAUGCCUACGCUUUUGAAAAUUGAAAAUCCUUUGAUGUACCAUUAUUUACUGCAUAUAAUCUAUUUUGACUACCACAUACAUAUUCUUACAAUUUCUUUCUGCUAAUAUCAUGCAUGCAUGAUCGGAUGUUCGAUCGCAAAAUUUUGGUCUUGCUAUUUUGAAUUAAAGUAAUGAAUAAGCUAUUUUUCUGAGAGUAAUGUCACAUAAUUCGAGAAAGUUCCACUGAUCAUAAUUGAAAUAAAAUAAGUGUGGUUAACAAAUAAAUGUCGUGCAAAACGUAUUUUGAACACAUUAACUUUAUAAAAAAAUAAAUAAAUAAAUAAAUAAAUAAAAAUAAAUAAAAUGUGCCUCGAUAGUGAGCUUUGUUUGUCGUGUUACCAACCCUCCAAUUAAAAAAAUGUAAGAUAGAAGCUUUGUGGGGAAGCUGCUGGUUGUCUUGGCCCCAUCCAGGUUUCCUGUAUAUUCCAGGUUUUUUCUGACCUCCCUGACUAUCCAGCUAUAGUAUGAGUGAUGGUAACGCCCAAAUAUAUGUCUAACUAUCAUCUGGCAGCAGCUGUCUUGUAUACAAAUACAGCUGUGGUGGGAGUUCGUCUAUGGGGAAUACACAUGCUGUGUAUUUGUGGAGUUGAAAUGUUCCCAAUGGUCAACUUCAGGCCCAUAGACUCAGGUUAUUUAUGUAAAUAUAAUCAGUCGAAUCGUAGAUACUGUCCAAGGGGAUUAUCACCCCUUGGUUCAGGUCUAUGUCAGAGGGGGUCGCUACCCUUCGGGCAGAGCUCCUAUGGAGCAUUCAGUCUCUCCUAGCAGGUCUUAUAUAUACGCCUGCGGGAUGAAAACAUAAUUUGGGUUGACCAGAGUUUGAGAGUAUAAUGUAUAUAAUUGGUUCACUUCACCCUGAACCCAUUCUCCCACAAUGAUUUGGCGUGUGUUUUACUUAUUUUCGGGCUGUUCUUUCACCUAACGUGCUUGAAUUAUUAAUGAUGGCAAAUACUAAUCUAUCAUCACUUAUACCUGUAUGAAUAACACCAGAAUCAGAAAUUUUCUCUGGUGUAUUAGUAGCAACAUGAUCAAUUAGGCUGGUGGUUUUCAUAGUUACUCGAGUAGCAUCAUCUAUCAGUUGCGAUAACUGAUAUAAUUCGUACAAUGACUUAAUUUUUUUUGUAAAAAUGUUAGAUUCAUUAUCUGAUUUUAGCAAAUCACAGUUUAGAUCACCCAGAAUAUACAUUCCUUUAUUUUCCUUGUCAAUAGCUUUUAUCAAUUUUUGAAGUGAUCAAAGAAUUCAGAUAAUGCACUUUGUGGUCUAUAAACUGUAGUAACAUGAAAUGGUUUGCUACGAGGCUUAAUAAUUUCAAUACAAACAACCUCUAGUUCAGAUCGAACUAGAUCAUUUCAUAUUUUGUAGUUGAUGGAGCUACGCAAGUAUAUACAAAAUCCACCACCAUUUCUUGUUCUAUCUUUUCUGAUAAUAUCAUAAUCAGUAAGGUGUACGAUAUUAUCAGUUAUAUUGGAAUCAAGUCGUGUCUCAUUGAAAGCAAUAAGAUCAGUAUACUUUUUUGACAUUGAAUAUCUUAUUUCAUCAAUUUUCUUAGGCAGACUAAAAAUGUUUAGAAAAGCCAUUUUAAAACCUUUUUCAUUAGGAAUGGAGCCCAUGAGAUUUCCGACGUUAUUAAUAUAAAGAACUUCGCGAGUAUUUGUAGUAGAAAUACGAAAAUACCACGAAAAAUUCCGCUUGAAAUAUGCUAUAUUAAUACUCGAACAAUGUUAAAUAGAGCGAAAUUCUAUCAUAUGAAAUGCUAUCAUAGAAGAACUUAAUGUCGAUAUCUCCGGAAAUAAAAAGGAAAGAGUCAGAACCCACGAGAGCUUGAUAUGGGAUUAUCUUGUUUCUGCUAUAAUCUCCAAAGUCUCCAAGGCGAUUGGAGUUUUACGAAGACUAAAAUCAUUACUUCCACAGUCAACUCUUGCCUUGAUUUACAACUCUUUAAUACAGCCACACUUUGAUUACUGUAGCAUGGUUUUGGAUAGAUUAGGCAAGGGUCUUAGACAAAACCUACAGGGUUUACAGAACAUGGCUGCAAUAAUCCCCGAGUCGGCGGCGCGAAGCGCCGUGCGAGGGUACUAAUUCCCCCCGGCUAUUUACACCCGGGGAAACGAAAGCAUUAGCGGAGUCUAAAGUUCAUCAAAUAUCGCGGGCGUGACCAACGUACUUGAGUGGGUGGUCAUCCUCACUGAUCUCAAACAUAUGGCUGAUUGCUUGUGAGAGUGGGAUAAGCAAGAUUUCAAUUUUAAAAGAAAAGAAUUUGGAAAAUCGUUUCAUAAUCGUUUCACAAUCGUUUCAAAUGUAGUUUAGUUGAAUACUUGAAUGAACAUUUCAAAAAUUUCACGAAGCGUUUCAAGUUCAAUUUUACAUUAAAUCAGGGGAUCCAAUACUCAAAAACUUUUUUCUGUGUGUUUUAAUGCUAUGAUGUUCAUCUUUGGUCAGUUUUUAGGGCAUGGUACCACUAACAUAAAAAAAUGUUUUUCAAAGUUACCGUUGCCAUGGUUACCAUGUUAAUUACCCCCCGGUGGUGAAAAAUCAACAUAUUUGUAAACAUGAUAUCUCAAGAAAUAUGAAUGAUAAAAACCUAAAAUAACUUCUAUUUAAUAGUAUACCACAUACUCUUGGGGAUGAACUAGAACUAUGGUGAUUGAAGCAAAAAUAAUUUUUUUGCGGACAAAAUAUUGAAAAUACAUAUUAUCGGAAUGAUACUAACUAUCACAACUUUAAUGCUAUUGCAUAUAUUUUUAUGAUUCUAGUUCAUCCCCAAGAGAAUGCAAUACAAAAGCUACACUGAAAGCUUGAAGUCAAUAGCUUAAAUACCUUUUGAGAUAUUGUGCAUGCAAUAACGGCCAUUGGUGGAUUUCGGCAAUUUGAGAAAAAAUUUAAACAUAUUGAUUUUCAAAAGUUGAACAUAUUGAUUUUCAAAACAAUAUUGACCUACAAUUGAUUAAUAAACCUUACGAAUGGACCAGUUUAGUGUUAAAAGGUCCCUGCCUCAUAGGUAUUGACUUCUGUUUCCUGAUUUUUAUCUUCCCUCUUCUUUUUCUGGCACACACCACCUUUCUCCUCUUUUUGACAUCCGGCUUAGCUCGAUGAUCUGCUUUCUUUACAUGCUUUUUAUCAGCUUUGCAGACAACCUCUUCAAAGUAGUAGCCAAGAACUAGCCCAUCUUGUUGUAAGAUAUCAUCAGAAGCCCUUGAACCCAUGUUGAAAUGAGCAACAGCAUCAUACACACCCAACUGCAGAACAUUGCCACCCACAAAAAUUCUCCCCGGAAGCCUGUUCCAAAUGAUGCCGUUCAACGAUUCGUUUUGGUUUUGAGUUUUCCCAUCCAAACAUUUGACCAACAAAUCAUUACUACUUAGUCUAUCAUAAGUGGGCCUAAUCUGAGCAAUGAUGUUGUCGGGAAGACCAUGUCCACACUUAUAUAAGUCAGUAUUAUUUGCCUUGUCUUGUUUAAAGCGGCACCAGCUGUCCGGACCAUCAAGACACCAAGUAUGUAAAUUUCGCUUCUUUGAUGAGACACAAUGGAUAAUGCUGGCAUAAAUUGCAGCCUUCAUUCCCUCCAAAUUUCCACAAUUACUUCUAAUGGCAAUGCCAUAAUAGUUUUGAAGUUUGUCAAUCAAGGUGUCCGUGAAUGGAUAAGGUUGUGACACACUCAUGGAGGGAUGAAUAUCCUCGUCUUUGCCAGGUAUCAUCACGAGAUACUACAUUGGGUUAUUUGACCAGGAUUUUCACCAUGAACCUCAACAGCUGCAUCAUUCAUAAACUUGGUGGCAACAGAGUUAGCAGCUUUUGAUAGGGCGCUACAUAUUACAAUCUCGGUAUGCUGGUGAUGGCAUGUUCAUGUGAGUACAGAACCUUUUCAUGGAGGCAUGUCCUUUACCAAUGGAUUGCACAAGGCAUAAACAAGCCUUUUAUUCAAAGGAUUUCUUUACCUUCUUUGAAGAAUAAAACGUAAAAACCCAACCACAUUCCUCGCAUCGCAAGCGGAGAUGAGAUGAGAUGCACAACCCUUACGUUCGAAUUUUUUAUCUUCAAGCACGAGGGAUGAGGAUUCACCAUAUUCUUUGCAAACUACUUGCUGAAAAACUUCACUGAGAAUUUCUGUAUCAAUGAAACGAUAGCCUGUUGCAUGUAGCGAUUCUUUAGUGGCAUUUGGCGAUUCUAUAACGUUGAUUUUUCGCGAUGAAGCUGAAACACUUGCACUGGAAGUUGAUUGAGCGUCGGCGUCAUAUUUACUGUUAGCACAAUUUUGGUGGGUCCAUUUGUACACGAUUUCUUUGCAUUUUUAACAAAUCUAUUUCCACUAAAUCGCCGUUUAUUUUGCCCUUGAAUUCUCUCUUGCCAUAAUAUCAGUGAAACAAUUGCAGAUUAUUCGGAAAUAAGCAAAAUUUUGGUGUAAUAAAACACAAAUAAACACAGAGAAAAACGCUUCUUGUGAUAUUUUUGAGAAUGAUAAAGAAGCCCACGAUGAGAAGAGAAGGUUGUCAAGCGGUAAGGGAAGGCUGUAGUGGAGCUAAUACUUCAUGUUAGUAGCCUAAAAUUGUACAUCACUAUUUUAUAAACAAUUUUUACCUCGAUUUCAAACAGCAAACUUUGGUUGCUAAGCGCGUUGCUAUGGCGGAAAUAUUCAAAGCCCUUGGUAUUUUGUCAUUUUUCCCUAACUUAGUAUGUUUUUUUUACAAUAAAAGUCUCAGUAACGUUUGAUAAGGCUUCAAAGAACCUAAUUUUGAGUUUUUUGAAAAUUCAUAAAUUUUACCCAUAAAGUCAAAAUUUUAGUAAUUAACCCCCUUAAAUCAAAGCUCACAAAAUGCAAAAUAAUAUACCUACAGUGUAUAUUUCGGAAAUUCAUUGUUGUAUAGUUAAUUAAAAGUACGAAUCUUUCAACUAUUUUGCAGUUUUGUACAAAAAUAUGAAAAAAUUAAAAAUUUUAGAUAUCGUGUUGUCAUGGCAACAUUUUAGCGCGAGCCUGCGUUCAGUGUCGGCCAUUUCUGAAUACUUCAUGUUAAUUUAAUGUUUGGAAAAUAUUGGCGAGGGGUUACUGCAUGCAUGUAUUUCUAGUUAUUUACUGAAUCCGAUUACAACUUCGGUCCUCAGAUACUUAACAUCAUUGAAUUGGACCAAGCAUGAAACCAGGCGCAUAUUUAAAACUUCUAUGCGCAAAACUAUUAAUAACAUGGUUCCCAGUUACUUGUCAAGAAAAUUUUCUCCAACUUCUGUUAUAAACGAACACAAUUUGCGAGGCUAUAAUCAUAGACUUUUUGUUCCAAGUGCCUUAACUGAAUCAUUAAAGAAAAGCAUUACUUACAGAAGAGCUACCCUACCUAUCCGUCAAUUGCAAACUCGCUUUACCUAAAUCUCACGCUGAGUUUAAAUCUAAAAUUUUUUAAUAGUUUUAUUAUAUUACUUUCUUUGCAUAUGUACUGUAGUCAGUAACUCUUGUAAAAAUAUUUUGAUAUUUAUUUAUUAGAAAAUAGUUUACUAGCAUAGGUACACAUCUUCAUUGAAGAGCACAUAUUUAACUUGUGAAAUGGAUCUCGUGCUUUAAAAAAAGAUGUACAUAUCAAUCAAUCAAUCAAUCGAUCAAAUAUUUUCAUGAAUUCCAAGCUUGUUCCCAAAAACCAUGCUGCGGUAAACCAUUUUUGAGACAAAUCUGGACAAAAAUAGAAAAACUAGCGGACAACUCAAUGUAACAACAAUAAUUUGAAAUCUCUGUGGCUAUUCAAAACUACAGCUUGGUUGGUUGGUUGGUUGUUUGGUAGGUUGGUUGGUUGGUUGGUUGGUUGGUUGGUUGGUUGGUUGGUUGGUUGGUUGGUUGGUUGGUUGGUUGGUUGUUUGGUUGGUUGGUUGGUUGGUUGGUUGGUUGGUUGGUUGGUUGGUUGGUUGGUUGGUUGGUUGGUUGGUUGGUUGGUUGGUUGGUUGGUUGGUUGGUUGGUUGGUUGGUCGGUUGGUUGGUUGGUUGGUUGGUUGGUUGGUUGGUUGGUUGGUUGGUUGGUUGGUUGGUUGGUUGGUUGGUUGGUUGGUUGGUUGGUUGGUUGGUUGUUUGGUUGACUGAUUAAUUUGAAAGUAAUUGUUCACGCGUUCAUAAAAUGUCCAGGUCCGCAUAUUUAAUCCUGGACAAUUCAAUCUACACGGUCAUUCAUUCAUCUUUAAACUACUUUUCAUUAUUAUAUUGCAGUAUGCGGAAUUGUUAGAGGAUAUAGUUAUAGGAGUCUUUCUUUUGCUUGGAGUAUAUAGCUGAUUGAUUUUUUUUUCAGAUAUAUUCAGCCAACUAUGAUAACAUCACGAUAGUUAAUCAGAGCAUUUCCCCGGUCAUCAUUGCAAGAUACAUCAGAAUACACCCAAAAUCAUGGCAUGGCAGUGUGGGGUUGAGAGUUGAUUUCAGUGGCUGUUUGAAAGGUAUGGCGAAAAUAAUAUAAUUAAAAAAAUCGUAGUGGAUUUAAAACUUAAAAAUUGAUUGAAAACUUGACAGCACUUUAGCAGGUUUAUCAAUUUUAUCAUGAUAAGAAAUCUGAUCAAUUAAAAAUCUAGACCUUCUUAUGCCCGAAAAUCUCAUAGGCCUAUAGAAAUAUCGCGAUGGAUACAAAUCGAAGAAAACAUACUUAAAUGUGGAACCCAUGCAGUUUGUUUUCCCCAUGCGCAUAUCAUCUUAUCACUGUCUAUAGAAACGACAAAACCAAGCUUCUUCUAGGCCACAGGAUGUUGAAAAAUAUCAAUAAAAGAGUACAUUUCAAUUCAUUCAUCAUAGGACAUAUUACGACAUAUUACGACAUAUUAUUAGAUAAUUUUAUGGACAUAUUUCUUCAUUAUAAUAAAUUGACUAGUUUAGCAAUCCAGCUUCCAUAUUUGGACAGUAUUUAAAACCUAACCAUAUUGGAUAAUGGAUAGUAAAGGGCCUUUUUAACUAUAGCCCCACCCAAACCCCCUUUUGGUCAAAAUCCCAAAAAUGGAAAACAUUUCAAGAGAAAUGAAAUUUAGAAGAGAGGUUUGAUUCUAGUAAGCUAAAUUGCCUUUGAGAAUCCUAAGUCAAUUCUUUUAUCUUCAAGUUAUUCAAUGUCUUUUUAAAAAUGCUAUACAUCGUGAUGUAAACACCUUAGAUCUAACAAAUAUCCCAGUGGAUAGAAUAUUCCAAUCUCUAUAGAUAUGAGUUGUUCGAAGGCUAUGCUACACAAGUUACUGACCGAGUUGUGUUAAUUGUUAAAAGAACAAAUCAUGCAAGCAAUUGACUGAAGAUUCAACCUACCUAAAUAAUAAUCAUGCAAAUGCAACGCUGUACAUUCAAAAAUUUAUUUUAGAAAACAGGGGAGAUGUAGUGUCCAAAAAUACAUAUACAUUUUCCUGUAGAGAAUGUCGUCAGAGUCUCGUACAUAGGACAGCAAAAUCAAACAUAUUUUCACAAGCAACCACCUGUCGUCUUCCCAGGCACAGGCAGUAAUGUAUGGUGCUCGUCUUUGGUAAAUGCACCCUUCUCCCUCCAUCCCCCUCCCCCCCUCCCCUAACGAAUUUUCAAUAAAACCCUGGGUUAUUUAAUAUAGAUUAUUUCGUAAUCACACACAAUCGUUCGAGAACCAAUUAAACAUGCCAUUCAAAGGUAAACAGUGUACCAAUAUUAUUGGUUCUUAUAUCUGUCAGUGGGUAUUUAGGUGACGUCAAGUCAUGCAAAUGCCAGUAAAAACCAGCACAGAGUCACAUGAUUUUGGCGGCUGUUUUAUAAGCAAACCUUGUAGCCUUUGUUUUAGGUAUAUGUGUACACUAAAUCGAACACGUUGCAAAAUACUUAGGUCUACUUUCCGCGUUUACAAAUUUAAAGCGAAACCUACAACAAUCUCUGAAUUUGGCCUGAUUUGACUGACGUGCAUGCAUGAAAACUUCUAUUUUGAAAGUACGUGAAAUCCUUUCAAAGUAAGCCUGCGUGCAGUCUGUCCUUUCUCAGGGGAAUCAGGAAACAAUAAUUUUUAAUUGCAUGGACUUCUGUAUGCAAAUGUGAUUGGCAAUUGUUCGGAAGCUUAAAUACACGCACUACGAAUGGCCAAUUCGUUAACAUAUUCAGUUCAACAAAAUGAUACAUUUAGCAAAAUGGUGUCUUUGGUGAAACAAAUUUUGCAAAAUGCUAUUGACGAGUACAAAUCCCAAUUCAAAUUAUACGACACUUGUUGAAAGGGCAGAAAGAAGCAAUCGAGAUUUAAUAUUCUUUUAAAAGAAAAACAUCUUCAUAAGUUUACCUACAGGCUUAGAGAAGUCCUUAAUAAGUAAUUAAUUUAGCAGUGUUUACCAUUUGUGGCAGCUGUAUGAAAAGGUCUCGAGAUUCCAGUGUGAUUGUUGCGAUCGUAAGAUCAAUAAUGAAUGACCAAGUCAACUUUAUUUGCUCGUGCGAUAGCCAUUCCUGCGAUAACCAUUUCGGAUUAAGAAAACCGCGAUGUAGUCGAACAAGCUAUGAAUGGUACAUAUACUGUAUUGUUUUUCAUGGCUGUCUGGAAUGUCUAUUGUCAAUGCUUGUGAUGAUGAGUAUUUUUUAAUGCCAUAGCAUUCAAGGUACGGUACAGUCUAUAUGAAACGUUUCCGUUUUAAUACAAAAAUAUUUAAAGAUUUCAAAAUGAAUAUAAUAAAGUGGAAAUUGAACUUAGUGUCUUGUAAUUUUGGACUAAAAUCAAACUUGUUAUUACAAAUCGCACUCCCGCUUCGCGGUCGUGCGAUUUUGUAAUCACGCGUUUCAUUUCAGUCCAAAUUGCACUCCACUCGGAUUCAAUUACCAUUAUUAAUAACCCUGCUUCGUUGUUAGCUACAUAAAUUUCGGCCGGAUAAUUUUUCGUGUCAUGAAAAAAAAAAUUAAUAAAACUACAGACCUAUAUCUUCACAAACACACAUACCGUCUGAAUUAGCGAAUUGAAGGUGCUCUCUCACUUUUGGAACAAAGCCUCACGUAAUCCAUCAGAAUCAAGUGGCGGUUAACUUUUCCCCACUACUACAACAUAAGCAGAUUUUACUAAGAAUUAUAGUAUGAAGUAGCAAUGAAAUCAUUGUUUUUAUUAUUAUUUAUUGCAAGAUUUGUAGAUCAAUCAGCUCUCUUGGCGUGUUUGCGAAAGAGUGUUCCACUUUCCUAGAAAUGCUAGAUGAUCUUGGCAAUGAAAACAAUCAUCAAAAUUACUGCAUUAGAAGAAUUUAUUAUGAAGAUUGCGACCCUAACAACUUAAUAUAUAUCUUUGCCAAACCAAGUAUAAUGGACACAUCCAGAAUUAACUUUUUAAACAAAUCAGUUUUAACUGUUUAUUUCUUAUAAUUAUGUCCUCAUAUCUAGUUAUUAAGUAACGUAUAUGUUGUAAAUUACCUAUAGGCCUAGUAAGAGGCAUUUUAAUUACAAUUGUGUAUAAUCUGGAAAUAAUACCUAUAUUUAAGUUUCCAAUAUGUGUAACAUGAUAUAUAUAAAGCAACAUCAUCAAG